UCCACCCGGAAUUACAUCUGACGUACUUCCGCUUUACAACACUUGCAUGGCAGGAUUACUUUGAUAGUUUGUUUCUGUCUACUAUCCUUACUACAGUUAGGACCAUUACAAUGCCGGGCUCUGACAAGGAACUCGAUUUGACGGAAAGAGUCGAAGCGUUUCUUUCCGACCUGAAACGCGGAGGCUGUGGGACUGGACCGCUGCGAGGUUCGGCUGAGACGGCCCGGGAAACGACAGCGCUGCUCCGCAGAAUCACAGCGCAGGCCCGCUGGACCAACGCAGGGGAUCUGAUGGAAAUAAUCCGUAAAGAGGGGCGGAGAAUGUCAGCAGCCCAGCCAUCAGAGACCACUGUUGGUAAUAUGAUUAGAAGAGUGCUGAAGAUCAUCAGAGAAGAAUAUGCCAGAUCUCGGGGCAAAAGUGAGGAGACAGACCAGCAGGAGUCCCUUCAUAAACUGCUGACCUCUGGUGGACCAAGCGAGGACAACUUCAGGCAGCAUUUUGCUGCACUUAAAGCCAAUGUCAUUGAAGCCAUUAAUGAGCUGUUGACCGAACUGGAGGGAACCACUGACAACAUAGCGAUGCAGGCACUGGAGCACAUCCACUCUAAUGAAGUCAUCAUGACCGUCGGCCGCUCCCGCACGGUGGAGGCCUUCCUUAAAGAUGCUGCACGCAAACGCAAGUUUCAUGUCAUUGUGGCUGAGUGUGCCCCCUUCUGCCAGGGUCAUGAAAUGGCCACCAGUUUGUCUAAAGCUGGUAUUGAGACGACUGUGAUCACAGACGCUGCCAUCUUUGCUGUCAUGUCUCGGGUCAAUAAGGUCAUCAUUGGUACACAGACAGUCCUGGCCAACGGAGGUCUCAGGGCUGUCAACGGGACACACACGCUGGCCCUGGCAGCCAAACACCAUUCAACACCUCUGAUUGUCUGUGCUCCGAUGUUCAAGCUCUCACCUCAGUUCCCAAAUGAAGAGGACACGUUCCACAAGUUUGUCUCACCACAUGAGGUGCUUCCCUUCACUGAAGGAGAGAUUCUGUCUAAGGUGAACGUCCACUGUCCUGUUUUCGACUAUGUCCCACCUGAGCUCAUCACACUCUUUAUCUCCAACAUUGGAGGACAUGCUCCGUCAUAUAUCUACCGCCUGAUGAGCGAACUUUAUCACCCAGAGGAUCAUGAACUUUAAACAGGUUAAUAAAAAUUAAAAUAUUCUACUUGAUGU